GUCAAGGAGCGAACGCCGCGUCGCUGGGCAACAACAGACCGAGGAUUGUUCCCGGGGCCCUGAGGCUGGGCUGAGCCCCGCGCCCGGCAGCCCCCGCCGCGGCCAUGGCCACGGGCUCCAUGCUCCCCGCGCGCAACCAGGAGGCGGCGGCUGCAGCCAGCGGCACUUACAGCUACUGCAGCCGCCCCCGGGCCCUGCCCGCCCGGCGGAGAUACCGGGGCGCCCCGGCACACAACGAGCAGGAGGAAGAACCUGUUCGCUAUGCGAACCUCAUGUACGAUAGGAGAGUGGUACGAGGCAACACUUAUGCCCUUCAUGCAUUACCUUGGACUGCUCAGCCUGACCCUCUUGAGAUCCAAAGGCAGCGAGAGGCUCACAGGAAAGCACUUGCCAGAAAACGAGCAAAAGAGCAGCUUCAGUCAAGAACUCCAGAGCCUGUAGAGGGCAGAAAGCAUGUUGAUGUGCAGACAGAGUUGUAUCUGGAAGAGCUUGGUGACCGCAUAAUAGAGGUUGAUGUGGAGUGUCAAACAGAUGCUUUUCUGGACAGACCACCUACUCCACUCUUCAUCCCAGCCAAAACCGGGAGAGAUGUGGCCACACAGAUAGAAGAAGGAGAGCUCUUUGACUUUGAUAUUGAAGUCAAACCAAUGCUAGAAGUUUUGAUUGGAAAAAUCAUUGAACAAGCUUUGCUAGAAGUCAUGGAAGAAGAGGAGCUGGCCAAUCUGCGGGCACAUCAGUAUGCAUAUGAGGAACUACGCAAUGCCGAGCUCGCUGAAGUACAACGCCUUGAGGAGCAAGAGAGGCGACACAGAGAAGAAAAGGAACGUCGCAAAAAUCAACAGUCACAAUUGCUUCAAAAGCAGAAGGAGACUUCAGAGAAAAUUGCAGCAAGGGCAUUUGCUCAGCGUUACCUGGCUGAUCUCAUUCCUUCAGUCUUUAGUAGUCUUCGUGAGAGUGGAUAUUUCUAUGAUCCUGUAGAAAGAGACAUUGAGAAAGAAUUCCUUCCAUGGGUGAUGGAAGAAGUAGAUAAGACAUUGGAGAAGAAGAUUCUGGGAAGGGCAGUGCUUGACACAUUGAUUCGUGAGGUGGUUGAAAAGAGGUUAGAUGCAUUUGAUCAGCCAGAAGCAUCUGGUCAGCCUGCUGGGCAAACAGAAGCAUCUCAUCGAGGCUCCGUUCAGAUAGAAGCAUUACAUCAAACAGAAACUCAGGAGCCUGAAGCUAAGUGAAGACCAAACCAAACAUCAAGUAAUCAGGGGGCUAACUAUAGCUAAGAAGAUUGCUCUUGAUCAUUUGUGAAAAGAAGAUUCAAUUUGUUUAGGAAAUUGUUCCAAGAAGGGAGCAAUAAACUGAAGAUUUUUAUUUUUGCAAAUUUUUACCAGUCUUUAUGCUUUAUUUCCUAUAAAAUUUACUUAAAGAAAGAAUGGCUGCAUGAUUAUACGUGUAAAUAGUGUUUAGUAUUAAUCCUUUUCAUACUUGGAUUACUAUACAAAGAGUUAAUGAAUUCACUAUAUGCACUGCAGUAAUAUAGGAAUAUUGGCUUAAGAAAGUUCUAUAGUACCCUUUUUGUUAAGAAAUCCAAAUCAAGUAUCCAUUGCAGAUAUAUUGCAUCUUAUCCUUAAAGUCCUUUCUGCAUUUGCCCUGUUACUUAAUAAAUCCUGGAGUGUGUACAUGCAUGUAUAUAUGAAGAAAAUAAAGCAAGUUCACUCAACUCUAAAAAGAUGUAUUGCCAACUUCAGUUUAAAUGAAUGGCAUUUUUAAAAAAAAAAAUGUGACUGAGUGUGCUUGUUUAUGGUGUUGCAAACCUAACAAAUUAUCAGUAAAGUCAGCCUCGGAUGUUUCUCUACCCAACUGUGCUUGGCUUUUUCCCCUUUAAUGAGGGUUGAAAAUAAUUUUGGAAAGUUACUAGAAAAUUGCAAUCCAUCCAUUUUUCCUAGAAGGUCAGUUGUAUGAUACAGUGACAUUUCUGCUUAAUUAGUAUUUGUGAAUACAGUGCAAGCUUGUAAUCAUAUUUAUACUUUUCAGAUUAUAUUAAUGAAAAAAAGUCAUGAUGAUAAUAUGUUGCAAAAAUUCUUCUAUGAUAAAACUUCCACAGUGUAAUAUAACAGGAGUAUCCAUUCUCUUUGAUCCUGAAGUAUGGAAUGAUAAGUGUUCUGUUAUCAACAGCUAAUAGUUCAGUUAGUGCCCAAUGUUUAAGAUAAACCAGAUUCCAUCCUAUUUAAAUACAGUACUGAUUUAAAGAUAACCACAGAAUGAAUCCUAUGAAAGUUCACAUAAUGAAAAAAUCUCAAUACCUGCAUAUGCUAUAUUUAAAGUAAAAAAAAAAAAUAUAGCAUCCAUUUCUGAUUCUCUGCUUUUGAGUGGCUGUAUUGUAGAAGAGGAACAUAAUUUGUCUGGGCAGGCAGGCAGCCAGCUUUCUUUGUCUGAAUGAGAAUGUUCUAAGCUAACCCUUUCUAGGAAGAAUACUGACAUUUAUGUAGAAACUUGCUUUCCAUAAACACGUGUCAAUAAAAUAUCAUUGAACUUUAAUACAA